AGCCUAUGGGUACACUCGCAAUGGCCACAAUCAUUGACAUGAAUGAGGAGGCCCGUUCUAUUCACUCUAUUUCUAUGGGCUACACACCAUCAUAAACACAGGAGGAGUUUGGCUCGACACAGGCAUGCUCUGGUCUCCACAGCAUGGGGAAGGAUACUUGGAUAAGGCAGGAAUGAGAGAAGGUCUUACCUCCCUUGGAAUUGUAGUGCUUUACUGGAAGGUCCUUAGUCGGCAGGGGAAUGCACAGAGAGACAAAGACGGUAGGAGAGGGAGGAGGAGUGGAGAUGUCAAUGUGACACAGUGGAGAAAAGAAAGUGACACAGCAGAAAAUGACUGGGUGAGCUUCCAUGAAGAGGAGAAUGUAAGUCUUUAAGAGGCAACAGUAAAUGUACACAGUUAAUUGAAUCAGUGAUUCAUUAAAAUGUGAAAUAUGUGCAUUUGGUAAAAGAGAGCAAAGGAGAGAGACAGAAAGAAGAACAUUAGCCAGAAGAAAGAGAGAGGAAAACAAAAAGUCAAGGAACCCUUGGUGAGUGAACAGUCACCCAGUCCCUAGAUAGAUCCUUCAACAGUAUCUCAUCAUGGUGAACCUGGACCUGAGGUCUCUCACCCUGCCGGUGGGCAUCAUCCGUAUGUUGGAGGUGGUCCUCACCUGUAUCACCUUCAGUCUGGUGGCCUCGGCAGGCCAUGUGCUCUCCACACACUGGGACUGGUGCAUGUUCACCUGGUGCUUCUGCUGCUUCUUCUCCCUCUUCAUCCUCAUCAUGGAGUUCACCCGCUUCAGCGCCAAGGUGCCCAUCUCCUGGGAUGACUUCACCACGGCCUUCGCCGUGCUGGCCGCACUAAUGUGUUUCACCUCCUCCGUCAUCUACCCCACCUUCUUCACCUGCCCCACCUGCUACCGCCAGAUUGCCGCCACCGUCAGCUCCCUACUCUGUUUCGGAGUGUACUUCGGCGAGGUGGUGUUGGCCCGCCUCCGGCCCGGAGGUGAGAUCAGUGGCUUCCUGUCCACUGUCCCGGGCCUCCUGAAGAUCCUGGAGACUCUGCUGGCCUGUAUUAUCUUUACGUCGCUAGAUCCGGCAAGGUUUUUGUUUCAUCCGGGACUGCAGUGGUGCGUGGCGGUUUAUUCCCUCUGCUUCAUCUUCGCACUCGUCAUCAUCUUCCUCACCGUCGGUCAGCUGCUGUCGCUCUUCCCCUUCUCGUUUGACAAACUGCUCACGGUCUAUAAUAUUCUGGCCACCAUGAUGUACAUGACUGCCACGGUCAUCUGGCCGCUGUAUAGUUUCGAGAACAACCCCCGGCCCGUUCCGUGUUCCCCCUGUCCCUGGGACAAUCUGGUUGUGGUGACGUUCAUGACCGUGAUCAACCUGGUGAUCUAUAUUUUGGAUACGAUCUACUCGAUAAAGGUGGUCUUCUUCACAUUGGAUGAGGAAUAGGCCAGAUUCUCAGGAACCUUCACUCCAACUUUUCCAGAACCGGUCAAUGACUGACACACUAUCAUAUUGCAUGGAGAAAAUACUGUUUACUGAAUAAGACACUCCAGCACGUUGGUCAUCUUGAUUCUCCACAUAUGGUUGAAAAGAUCCAUUUCAUUUCUAGAGAAUGAAGAGUUUAUUUUCAAAUCAAUGACUGAGAGCUUGGAAGAAGAACAUUUGCAGAACGUUGGCAGGACAUUUGUUGAUGUCUUUUGCCUCAGACAUGUGGAAGAUAUUUAGUUAUUCCUAUAACACUGUAAAUGAACUCUUAUUGCAGAUGAGGAUUCUACAGACAAGGACACACUGUUUAUCACUUGUAGCUAUUAAAGUGUGCAGUAGGAAGCUGAGUUAAUGAUUGAUCUUAUCGAUUUCAUAGAAAUUAAAAACGACAAAACUUUGGAUCCUGAUGCAAAUACAAUAUGAAUGUCUAAUUCCGUUGGGCCAAAGGCACUAGCAGCAAUAUAGAUUCUGCCAAUUGCAAAGGACUGUGAUCUUAUAUUCAUGUUGACCACUUCUUUCUUGGUUGUUAGACAUGUUCUCUUGUUGUACUGCUAGUUGGCUCACUAACUGCCAGAUAGUUGAUUACCUGCUGAAGUGCUAUGUGGACUGCACACUAAAAACAAAUGGUUCUACAGUAUAUAGUGCCAAUUAAUAGUUAUUUGGCUCAUAACAAUAGUGUAUCCUAUUUUGGUACUAUAUAGAACCCUUUUUUGAAGGUUCUAUAAAGAACCAUGUUCACAAGGUUAUAUAAAUGGAACUAUUAUGGUGCUAUAAAGAAACCUUUCCUAAGGUUCUAAAAAUAACUUUAAAAAAAGUUCUACAUAGCACCAAAAAGGGUUCCGCUAUCAUUACAACCCUUUUUGGUGCUAUAAAGAACCCUUUUUAAUGGUUAUUUAUAGAACCUUUAUGGCGAAUGGUUAUAUUAAAUUAAGAACCUUUCUCAAUCUCAAAGGUUGUACAAAGAACCCUUUGAAGAACCAGAAAGAGAUAUUUAUUCUGGUUAGACAUAAACUGUUAAAAUUCCAUAGGUGUUGUUGAAUCAGGUGUGGUAGCUCUGGAACAGCUGGGGUUCUCUGAGGAGAGAAUUGAGAACUGCUGGUUUAGGUAUUUUUAAAAGACUGGAGUUGGAAGGGGACUCAACUCAAGAACUGAUCUUUCAUUAUGAUGUUGACCUUUUCUUGCAAGCCCAUAGAAUAGGGAGAGGUAAUCAGAGAAAGUUUGUGUACAGGACAGGGGACCUUCUCCAUUGAAGUGUACCAUCUUUCAGAUGCAGACAUAGGGUGUGUUCAAAAUGUCCAGUAGUGCACUAUAUAGGGAAUAGGGUGCCAUUUCGGAAGCAUCCAUAGACACUUCAUUCUGUCUGCUUUUGAAUGGGCUUGACGAUUAUAUCCUCAAAUUCAUGAAAACACAGUCAUGUAAGAUAUAUAAAAACUGAUAUUUGUGUUUGUGGAUUAAUUUAUUUGUGUUAGAUGCCUUUCAUUAACCUCUAUGGGAUCGGUGACCCACCCUCAGGAUGGUUGAGUUAACGUGCGCUAAUGUGAUUAGCAUGACAUUGUAAGUAACAAGAACAUUUCCCAGGACAUAGACAUAUCUUCUUUUCCUUUCAAAUAUGCAUAUCCUUGCUUCAGGUCCUGAGCUACAGGCAGUUAGAUUUGGGUAUGUCAUUUUAGGCAAAAAUGUAAAACAAUUUGCCUACAAAAUACUUGCAUAGCGUAUAGCAAUGAUUGACAACCAAAAUCUACUGCAACAUGCUAACAAUAGAGAUGUGUGAAUGAUUAAUGACACACGUGAACCUUUGUUCCCUCUCAGCUCACUGUAUGAUUGAACCAGAGAGUGUGGGACAAGGGCUGUGCAACUCAAACAAAUGUUUAGAUAUAUAUAGAUUGUGUAAAAUGUAUCAUUAAGAAAAGGGAAUCGUGUCAGUUCUUGUCAUUGUCUAUCUGCAACAGUCCUACUGGUUCACGUCAUUCGUUACACUCCCUGGUGUGAUCAUGUUAAUCAUUACCCAAAGGUUGUGUUGAUGUGGGUUGCUAGGCUGUGUUGCCAUUUGUAGUUUAUGACUCAAUAACAAUAGACCUACUGAUCAACAUAACCAACUUGAAAAUAGCAGAAGUGAAACUGUAUUUUGCUCAAUAAAAAGAAGUGCCAGAUUUCACAGUUGUAACUUCUGUCAGCUGAAGCGUGAGCUAAAUACUGGCUCAAUCACAUGACUGAGAAUAAAACAAUCAGACUCUCAUUGUACUUCUGAAAAGUUUCAUUAAGUUUGAUGUAUAAACCAGUCUGGAGCGAAGAUAGAUUUUGAAUAUAUGUCAUUAGAGAGAAAAGGGCUUGUCCUUGCAGCAUUGUCUAUUGUCAAAUAAAAAAUGAUUUGUCAUA